GAGGUUCUCUCGCACCGGGUUAUCCUCUUCGUCGUGUGUGACGACCGCACAAAUACAUCCUCGAACGUAUUUAAACCUACACACACGCAGAAACAUACAGAGGAAUUCUCGUGAAACUUCGUCGCACACGUUCGACCGACAAUUUCUUAUUUUUUUUUUUAUUUCGUUGCCCCCCCCCCCCCCUACCUUAAUGCGGUACACGAAUUUCUAACUGACAGCCGAACCGUUACAUUUUCGACUGUCGAUUGAAUUGCUCCUCGUCGCGACCCUCUAAAACCACUUUUUUCCUCCAAUUCUUCUACCAACUCUCUCACAAUACAUGUCGCCGAGUCCCUUGUCCUCAAAAAUCUGGUUCGAUCUUGAAUGAAGAUCAUUCGAUGGCUGCUGAACAAGCGGAAGUCUCUUCCGAUAAAAUCCCAACUGCGGUGGUGUGAGGAGAGGAGAUAGAACAACUAAUAACAAAGCGUCAAGACGCUUUCAUCGAGUCGGCAUGAGUAACAGCAGUGCAGGAGUUGCCGAUCUCUUUCACCUCCUCGAGUCUAACAAACUCUCUGACGUUGAGGAGAUCAAGAAAGUCUUUCAUGAACACUUCUUAUCCACUAAAGACAACUGGCUGGUCAAUGGAUUAUUCGAUUAUUAUCUCUCAACGAAUUCCUUAAGGGCUAUAGAAGUGUUAUCUGGAGUGAGAGAACCACACGAUAAACAUCUCCUCGACCGUUUAGCCGAGACUCUUUCCAAGUCGGGUGGUCAUGGAUCGAGAGUACAGGCACUCACGUUGCUCGGUCAUGUGGCGCGACGACAACCAACUUGGCUUCACAAGCUCGCGAAUCACGGGCUUUUUAAAGAAUUGCUCAAAUUACUCAAGGGCGAGGGCGACACGUUGUCACUUAUGAGCGCACUUCUUUUACUCGUAACGCUUUUGCCGAUGCUACCGGCAGCGUUGGGUCCUCACAUUCACGAAAUUUUCGAGGUUUUUGGUCGACUAGCAUCUUAUCAUCAUUAUCAAUCGUCCAGCCUCGCCACAUCGUCAAACUCCAACAAUAUGGACCAACUCUACCUCUUACACUUGCAGGUCGGCUUGUACAGCCUUUUUCACAGAUUGUACGCUCUUUAUCCUUGCAAUUUUAUCGCAUACCUGAGACUCCAGUACACUCAACGUGAUCAGUUAGCAACUUUCACACAUACGAUAAGGCCGAUGCUCGAGUCAGUGCGAAUGCAUCCGCUGCUAGUCACCGCUUCCAAAGAUCAAGAGACUAACGCAGCAAGAUGGAAGAAAAUGGAACAUCACGACGUCGUUGCAGAGUGCGGACGUUUCGCUGUCGAUCGGACCCGCGAGGAAGUUCUAGGACCGAGUAAUCCUCGAGCGACACCCAUUUUGGAUAAUCCUUGCACUUAUACACCUGUCACUGGCUCUGUUGGCUUGUCGGUCACCGGAAUGAGCAACGGAGAGGAAGACACUUUCUGGUCGCCCAGCAUGUCCGUUCCACCUCACAGUCCACCACCUUUACAAGCACCCACUCACGAACAACGCUCCGCACCAUCCACUCCCAAUAAUAAUCGAAGCAACUCUUCUCCACCCGAAGCAGCCGUCGAAGCAACGCCUGAAACUACUCCGGUUAAGGAUAUGCGACAGGGCUUAACGAGGCAACCUCCGGUAGGCUCGUCAGCAGUGCGAGCUCUGAGUGCUCUGGGGAACGGUGCUCUUUCAGGGACUUCUCGGCCAUCGACACCUACGCCGUUCAAUUCGUCAGGCUCGGCAUUCACGACGCCAGGAAUUGGUGGCGGCGACAGUAACAUACUUUCUCAAAAAAUUGGCAAGCUCGUUGCCGACAGACAAAACAUCCUUCAACAGUCACAAAGGCCUUCUUUUAAUAACGUCGAGGGUGUAGCAAAAAUAUUGGAAACGAGUCUGAAUCAAAAUGGAAAAAAUGAUUCUUGGAACGAGGAUCAAGAAGUUCUGGAAAUUGUUAGUUCGCAUGGUAAUUUGGAGAGUUACGUUGAGAAACAAAUGGAAAGUUACAACGAGGAGAAUGCGAGGGGUGCUCGAGCAGUUCUCUCGCGUAAAGUUCAGCGGCUUCGUUUUCAUUCCCAAUGUCAACCAUCGAGGUCAUGCGCAACUAUUUUGCCUCUGUACAAGAUCCGUAGAGCCAAGUCGUGUCCCGGUAUAAAAAUUCAAAAAGCGAUGGAAAACGUGAUUGACAAGACAGGAUCAAAACGUACGGAGGAAACCGGCACGCAAACGUGUCCUGUUAUACCUUACGAGCAUUUACUCGUUGGUAUAUUAUCGCAACGAAACAACGAACAACAUCACCCUCUCAGACAGAAUUCCGAUUCAAGGCUGUCGCCAAGUUCGAUGCUCGAUCGUUACGUCGAGGCAUGUGCGCGUUUCGGUAGCUCUUCGAAUGGCGAAAAGUCACGACCAAAGCCGCGAAAAAAAGGUCUGGACGAUGACACGAAUGAGGAAGCAACGGACGAUCUUGCGAUCGACGCUGAUUCCGCGAACCAACAAUUGCAGCUUCUGCAUAUGCAAUUGCAAUUUGAACGUCAACGUAGGGAAGUCCACGCCGAACGCAAUCGGAGACUGUUGGGAAAAUUAAGGGACUCGAGAGCUCUCGAAGAACACAAUUCAGCUCUGACCGAUCGACUGCGAAUCGCGGAAAAAGAGUUAGAGAGCUUGCGAAACGAAUUGGACCGCAGCAAGAAGGAAGCUCGACUUGCCGAAGAAACGUACACUGAAGCUUUACGCCAUUGGCAAUCAAAGUGCGUGGAAGAACAGCAACACAAUCGAACCCACCGAGGUCGUAUGGAAAGUUUAGAGUUGGAAUUAAAAAACGAGAAGAAAAAGGUCACGGAAUAUGAGCAAAGAACUCGUGCAGCGGAAGCGGCUUUUUUCGACGCCGCUCAUCAACUCAAGGGUGCUCUCCGAGCUGCGAGUCGUGCCGAGGAAUUGAAACGUGUUCUCGAUAACGUGCAAAAGAGAUUUCUCCUUCUGGGCGAGGCGCAAACGAGACUUCAAGAAAAAAUGAUCGGGCCUAUUCCGAUGGCCAAGCAGGAAGCUACACUCAUACAACGAGCCUACAGUGAAGAAUUGUCCAACAUGCGACGUCAGUUGGACUCGCGGGCUUCUCUGAUCGAGGCUUUGAGGGCUCGUUUAGUAGAGUUGGAAAGUCGUGAAGCACGAAAGGAGGCUCAACUGCUGGACCAACAACGGAUAUUGCAAGAGGCGAAAGAGCGCCAUGAAUCAGAGUUGAGUGCAGUGGAAUCAAAGUACAGGGCGCAAGUUGAAAUAAAUUUAUUGCUCGAGGGACGAAUAUUGGAGUUGCACGGAUAUCUCGAGGUAGCAACGUCAUCGGCAUCACCGAAAGAGCGUUCGCCACCGCUAUCCGGAAGUCUGGCAUCGUCGAGCGAGGGAAGUCUCGCGUUUCAUUCCGGGGCUGGUAUAAUGAGCGAUUGCUGCGAUUCGGCUGGUGAAAUUCCCAAUUUACAGGCGAUCGUCGAGCCCGCACCGUCCUCAUCGAGUCAAGCGACGACUCCGUCGCGCUCGAGACGUGAAUAAUCCAAAAUAAAUAAUAAAAAGAAAGAAAUUUAAAAUAAGAAAAAAAACAAAAGAAUUUAAUUGUACAUUGAUCAGGCCUUUCGUGCCGCGUCCCCAAUCUUCGCUGACGAGUCUAUCAAAAGUGAAGCUCUCUCGUCACGAUCGAGAUCAGCGCCAACGGGAGAAAAGUUAUUAUUUAGUAGCUUCUAAUCGAACUAGAGAAUAAUCAUGAAUUCGUGAAUUAAAGAAACCAACUCACAAGAUAAUACAUAACAAAUUUAACGCCAUUGAAAAAGAUCCAGCGAAAAUACGACGACAAAAUAUAACUCGAGGAUUUUUUUGUUCUUCUUGAAACGCCGCUUCGAUCUCUCAACAAGGCUAUUUCUUCUUCGUCACUCGCCGUAUACAGUUAACGACAUCCACGGCUUACGAAGCUUCCUCACGACGAAAUUCUAUCUGAUGAAUAAAAACAGCAAAAAAAAAACAUUCAAUAUUUUGUCAGAAAUUGUA